AGACAAAUGAAUUUACAAGAAAUACAAAACUGACCAGAAUCAGUACGGGCAAGUAGCUAGGCUAAUAUUCAUUAAACAUAAUCACACACAUUCAACCAAACAGAAGUAACGGGAAGAGAGAUGAAAUAGAUCAAUCUGUUUUUGCAAACUCAUGACAAACAUAUUGGAUCUUGAAAUUUGCCCGAGCGGAUCUUCUAAUCAAUAUGCUACUAUUAUGCUGAGCUUUUUGGGCCUUGGUCAAAGUGUUGAUAUUAAAAUAAACUUGGAAGAUGAGGAGCAUAGAAAAAAGGAAGAACUCAGGAAUGAAGAUGGCCAAAUCCACUCACUUCCCGUUUAUUAUGAUGGUGAAAACGUUUGUGGAUCUGUAAAUGUUAUUUUAAAAAGAGGUGGAAAACUAGAACAUCAAGGAAUAAAAAUCGAAUUUAUUGGCCAAAUUGAAUUGUAUACAGAUCGUGGAAACCGCGAAGAGUUUAUUGCUCUUUGUCAAGAUUUAGCACGUCCUGGAAUACUUUCUCAUUCGACAAGUUAUCCAUUCGAGUUCCUACGCAUUGAAAAGCCUUACGAGUCAUACUGUGGAACGAAUGUCCGUUUAAGGUAUUUUUUACGAGUUACUAUUCAAAAAAGAAUUGCUGAUAUCACAAAAGAACUUGAACUCAUUGUACAUUCUACAAUGAGAUGUUCCGAAUCGAGUGACAGUAUCCAAAUGGAAGUUGGGAUAGAAGAUAGUUUACACAUUGAAUUCGAGUACAAUAAGUCAAAAUACCAUUUACAAGAUGUCAUUAUUGGUAAGAUAUACUUCCUACUGGUUAGAGUUAAAAUAAAAAACAUGGAGAUACAAAUAUUGAAGCGUGAAACCAUUGGUGCAGGACCUACUGCUUUUACGGAGACUGAAACUGUUGGAAAAUAUGAGAUAAUGGAUGGUGCACCAGUACGUGGCGAGUCGAUUCCCAUCAGACUAUUUCUACAUGUUUAUGGCUUGAGUCCCACUAUGCGUGAUGUUUAUCGCAAGUUUUCUGUGAGGUAUUUCCUGAACUUAGUACUGUUAGAUGAAGAGGAUCGGCGAUAUUACAAGCAGCAAGAAAUUAUAUUGUAUAGAAAAUCCGAUCGCCGACUCAAGAAUUAUGUGCAACAGAUUACAGACAAAGGACUUGAAACUAAUGGAAAUGUGGUCAAAGAGAAAGAAGCUUAUGCUGAUAACAAAAUGCAUGAACAAACAGAUCUCGAAGCUCCUGCAAAGGGUCUGCAAUCAAACAGUGUAUGUUCCGACCUCUCGACGGGUGAACAUGAAGAUGAUAAUACAGAUUGUUCUAAGUUAUUCAAUAAUCCUGCUUCUACUGCCAGCGAAUGUGAGAUAAAUAAACUUGGUGAUGACGAGGAGGACAAUGAUAGUUGUGAUUCUUUUUCUCCCCAUACACGUGCAGCCAGAAGUAUGCACCGUUAUGAACCUAAGCAGGUUCAUAAGCACACAGAAUCGUCAACUGUUGGUGACCUUCCAAACAAAUCAUCUGUGACUGUUUCUAGUGUAUCAGUUACGCAAAAUUCUAUGUAGGAAGAUAUUUUGUACUUAACAUGUUCAUUACAUGUUAAAUUUUGCUUGCUAAAGUCAAUCCUAGUCAAAAUUAUUCCGGUAGACUUUUAAAAAUCAUAAGAAUGCUGUGAUACGCUAGAUGUUAAUUAAUCAUUUGCAUUUCUGUUGUUUAAUCAAAGUUGAAUGAACCGACUGUAACUUAUUGGUAAUGUAUCUUUCGCUACAUAAGACAAUUCGUUUGCCAUGUUUAGUUUAUGAGCGGAUAACCAACAUUGAGAUUAGUGUCGAUUGUGUUGAAUUUCGCAUUCUCGUAGUUAAGUCACAACUUUGAUUACUAAUUAAUUUACUUUAAUUUUUUUCAUAUUUUAUAAAUUUCACAUAAAACAAUAAAUUGAUUUCAACAAUAAAAAUAAUUUGCUUUUUUGUAUUGAAAAGAAAAAAAAUAAUGAUCAAACUUUUUAAAAAAAAUAGUCUG